UUGAUAAAAGGUAGACGUACUCGCUGUAUUCGGCCCGCAACCACAAUGGCGGGCGGACGCGUGUUAAAAAUUUGUGUGCUCUGUGCGGUGUUAUCAAGUGCGCUUGCGCAGGAAAUAAGAGUGAAUACCACUGAAGGUGUUGUGGAAGGAGUGAGGGCGCCUGACGGGAACUAUUUCGCGUUUUACGAUAUACCGUAUGCCGGGCCUACCUCUGGUGAAAAUAGAUUUAAGGCUCCUACGCCCCCGCCAGUUCGCACCCAAGUGUUCCAAGCCAUCAACAGGAAUACGAUAUGCGCUCAACCAACCUCCAGAGGUCUCGUUGGCACAGAAGACUGCUUGACCUUAAGCGUCUUCACUCAAAACUUCACAACACCAAAACCCGUACUCGUGUGGCUAAACGCUGAAGAAUACACCAACACUCCAACUUCCACCAUGUCCUACAGGAGACUUGUUGAAGAAGGAUUAGUGUUCGUGACAAUAAACUUUAGAGUAUCCGUCUUCGGGUUCCUGUGCUUAGGUGUGCCUGAUGCCCCAGGCAACGCUGGUCUCCGGGACAUAAUCCAAGGACUAAAAUGGGUGCAGGCAAAUAUUGCCAAUUUUGGUGGGCAGCCUGGUAACGUGAUGUUGAUAGGCCACGGUUCCGGAGCUGCCUUAGUUGAUCUAAUAACAAUGUCUCCGCAAGCAGAGAACCUCGUGCACAAAGCCAUUACCCUAAGUGGGUCUGCUCUGGCACAUACGGCCGUGGCUUACGAUCCUGUGGGAUAUGCUGAACUUUUUGGCGCCAGUUUGAGCUACACCGACAACAGCAGGGAGAAAUUGGCAAAACUAAUCCAGACGACGAGAACAGACUUGUUAGUAGGCGCUCUAAAUAGCUUCAAGUUCACAAAUAGUACGCCACUAUUCGCUCCGUGCAUAGAAAAUGUCAAUUUAAAUCCAAAUGACACAAUACUUGCUGACGCUCCGAUAAAUCUUCUUAGAUCUGGUAAAUAUCUGCAAAUACCGUACAUAAGUGCGUAUACAACAAGAGAAGGCACACUUAGAGCUCCGCAGGCGGUGCAAGACAAGUGGUUAGAGGAAAUGCAAGCGAACUUCACAAACUUCCUGCCAGUGGAUAUAAGACCGGGGUCGAAUCUAACAACGGUCGCUUCUAGCAUACGAAGAUUUUAUUUCAGCGAAUCACCUAUCGACAUGGCCACAAUAGAGGAUUACUUAGAGUACCAUGGAGACACUUUAGUUCUCGUUCCCAUAGUCAGAGCAGCCAGGGAACGUGGUAAUACUUCCAGCCAGAGUGUGAGGUUACUGGAAUUCGCGCACAGAGGAACCUUCAACUCCGACUGGCCUUUCCAUCAAAUACCCUUGUCGGGAGCCAGACAUGGGGCAUUCUUAAAUUACUUGUUCGACUUCGAUCUUAGACCAGGAGAUGACACAGCACGGGUUGCGCUGGUGAGGCGUAUAUCGCGCUUUGCUUAUACUGGAGAUCCAAACUCACCAGACGCCCCACAAUGGAAUGCUAUCACUUCGGAAACCGUGCACUACAACUACAUCGAAGGGAACUCUCUCCUCAACGUCUCUGUAGUAUACACUGAAGGCAGCAAGAUGAAUCCACAUGCCAUCCGUAUGAACUUCUGGAACGAUACGUAUACCAGAUACUACGUCCCUCCACCCGCUUUCUCUUCUAGCAAUGUUGUUAGCUUCUCUAUUGUUCUGUUGUUUUGUACUUUUAUUUCUAUGUUGUAAGUUUGUUAUGUAUUGUAAUUUAUACGUGAUAAGUAUUUCAUUUGAAAAUCCAUGGAUGGUCGAUAUUUAUCUACCAAUAUGCAGUAAUUACUAAGUUGUAUGUUUAAUGUUAGUUUUGUAAAUAUUAUAGAAAAAAUACUAGCUGUGUAUUUUAUUUCAAGUUAAGAAAUAAUUUCGGUUGAUAAAAAAUAUGGUAAUGCGCAAUAAAGUUAUCUAAUCUGGAAA